AUAUUUGACUAGAUAUUGAAAAUUUCAAGUUACCCCCGACUCAAUAGCCUGUCGGAGUUAGAACUACCCUUUGCUCAUCACUCAGAGUCAGUACAUGAUCAGCCUUGGCAGACUUACCGUAUGAUGACUCUGUUAAUGUUCUUCGAGAUUGGAGUAUCUAUCGUGAUGGACUGCUCUACAUGUUCUGCAUCAUGAUGAUGUCCGCAACCAAUGUGAUUGUAAUCGCUGUGCUACCUUUCUCGUUCAGCGACAUGCUAUGCACGUUCGUCUGGUCGAUCAUACAUGUAGAUGUAUAUCGUCGAAGCUCAUCCCUCCAUUUUAGACCUCAGAUUGUUACGCACAGCGUUCUUACUUCUCGCAUACUAUUUAAUCUUCCAGUGAACAAGGUGCCAGUCUUCCCACAUACAAUCGACACCCUCUACGGAAAUGACAUCUUGUCCACACGAGUUUGAUGCGAUGUCUGGUGGCAGUGGGACAGCUAGUGGCGCUGACC